GCUAGCCUGAGAAAGGCCGGAAGUCCUAUUGGUCACAAUCGGACUCCGUUUGUGUGAUGAAAAAGUGAAAUCCCCAAAUCUCUGCGCGCUCGAUCAUGUUGGUUUUUAACCAAGCUGGACUACAUUUACGCGCAGGAGGAUGGAGUGCUCGGACGACAUGCUGCUCCAGCAAGCAGAGUGUGUGUCUCUUCACUCGGGUGUGUUGUUAGGAAGUGUGUGUUCCGGACUGCUGCUGGGAAUGAUCGCCGCCAUACUUAUACACGUACUCCUCUUCAAACCCUACUGCCUGUCUGCAAAGUCCAAAGGUGACCCGUGGAGCCUUAUGGAUGUGGAUGAGAGAGACGAUGAAAUACAGCAGGGUGGCAUGGGAUGGAACACGGAGCCUGUUGAAACAGUGAGCCACUCGGACAGUCCUGUAAUCAACGACGUCAGUGCGUUUGCACUGAAGGCGAGGGUGGUCUAUCCUAUUAAUCAGAGAUACAGACCACUAGCAGACGGAGCUUCGGAUCCCUCCCCACACGGCUCCUCCACCUCGUCUUCCGAUUGGCCGGAUGAGAGCGGAGAUGAGCAUGAAGGCGAGAGCGUUUCGUCGGGUCCCGUCCGCAAAACGUUUGCGAACCUGACGUUCAGGAGAGCGCAACACUACACACACACACUGUCCUAUUCUGACGACGAGAGAAGACCUAGUCUGUUGUGUGUAACGCUGCAGAACCUUCAUCGAGAUAUGGCUCUUUUACAAAAGGAACAGUGGGGAAUUUUUAUCCGGAUUGUACAAGUUCUGUUCAGCACAGACCAUCGACUCAUACAGCAGCAGGAGAAGGAAUUCGAGAAGCUGAAAAGGAAACCGUCUCCUGGACUGGACGGGUCCAAAAUGGGGGCGGAGCCAAUGUGUUCCAUGGAAGAAGUGGAAACAGCAGGAAGAGAGAACCUGGAACACACACUAAAUACGGCUCUGAGUUUUGCAAAACAGUUGGAACGACUUUGUCAACAUUGCCAUAGCAGCAAGUUGAAUGAAGGCACACAGGAAGUGACACGUACACUCGUCAACUGCCUGUUGCUGGUGGAAAAACAGCUGAAAACCAUUCAUUCCAAUAUCAUUCAGACACUGUGGGACAGACAGCAGUGGUGGGAGGAGUUAUCUGGCUGGCUCAGAAUUAGGACUGCUUUAAUGAGCCAGGAGGCGGAACAUAUAAUGCAGCUCACCAGCCAAUCAGUGGAGGAGCUGACGGCUGACGGACAGUUGGAGUUUGAUCACAUGGAGAAGCUGAUCAGCGAGCUUCAGAGCGCGAUGAGUAAUGAGCUGCAGCGUUUCACUGAACAGGUCAGAGAUCACACCGUGCAGCUGGUCAGUGAUCACUGUAAGAAGACUGAUGUGAGGCUGAGGAAGAUGCUAAAGACUCAGAACAAAGAGGGUCACAAGAUCCAAACACAUGAUCAUCAAAACGCUCAGGAGGUCGCCAAGCUGAUUGCAGAGCUGGCAUUACAGCACUGGACCCAGAGACAAGAGUUUGAGCUACAGCAAGACAGGAGGGUAUCCGAUGCUGUGUGUGAGCUUUGGAAUAAUUCGUUGGGUUGUUGUUCAAAAAGUGUCCGGACGCUGUGGCGAGAUUGUGUCGUGAGCAUGCUCACUAAAAGCUCCGCCCUUUCCGAGGAACACAGCUGCACGCUUUUGAACAGCAUGGAACUUAAUUUGAGCAAUCAGAUGCAGCAGAAGGAAAGCCACGCCGACCGACAGCUACAGAUGCUUAGAGAACAGCUAGAGCAAAGCAAGCAGGUUUGGGCUGAACAGGAAGCAUUAGCUACUGCCGCACUUAAUCACUUUGGCAACCAGAACAUGAAGGUCACUGUAGCGGUAAUUAGUAAACAGAAAGACCUAAGGGACAGUGUUGCGGUGAUUGGAGGAAAACAGCGCCUCCUGCUGUCAGACCUCCAGAACCACUUAACAACUCAACACUUCUAUAACACGACACUGAAAGAGAUGACGACUACACGGCUCUCAGACUCAGACACACAGAGUCUCCAUCAGGAGCUCCUUUUGGACCUCGAAGCAGCCUCGGAACUCCUCCGUAACCACGGGCAGUAUCUGAUCGGCCACGCCCUCGCCCACAAUGUUCGACUGCGAUCGAUCACUUCGGUAGCGUCUGACAAGACAACGGCUGAUGAUGGACAGAAGGAUCAGCUUAUGAAGGCACUGUGUGACGGCGUGUGCGCUUCGCGCGACUCCGUUUCCACUCUCGUGAUGAACUACUACUCUCAUCUUCAAACAGUCGUCAUGGCAACGCAGCUCCGCCCAUCGCAACAACACUCACAGUUGAGAGAGAGAUGGCAGAAGACAGCAGAGUGUGUGAGAUCUCUACAGAGGGAGCUCAACCACUGGGCAAGGAAACCACAUUCAGCUGAAUUCUACAGGAGAGUUGAGCAACAAAAGCAACGUUUUCUCCUGCACUGUGAGGAAGAGUGUGUGUGUGACAGGGUAGACCUUCAACACCAAACACAAACCAUCAGUCAGGAGCUCCAGAAAGAAGAGGAGAGCUUCCUGUCUCGACUUUCUGCUCUAACAAGUUCCUGUCACAAAAACACAAACGAACAGAAAUGCAGAUUGAUGAACAGAAAGGCCCAGGAAGAGAUGCUGCAAUCUUAACCAAUGUUUUAACUUUUUUUAAUAAAACCUUUUUAAAAAACCUUCUGUUUUUCUUCUA